CCUACACGAACGUACUCUGAACGUUCUCAGAUCGAACGGAUCAUCCAACAUCCGGAUGGAUCUAUCGACCUGAAAUUUCUCGGACUUGAUCCCGCUCGGCUCUCUUCUUCUCGCCGAUCUAUGUCUACGUGUGCCUCUUCUUCCAAACCCCCGGAGGAGCAAGAGCAUAAUGACAACAAAGGACCAAUUCGAGGCGUUGACUACUCGGGUUCUGUCCCAAAAGUAUAUUACCAAACUACUAAGGUUCACGAACCUGAAAAUCUCUAUGAGCCAGGGAGCCCUUCAGCCUCCGAAAUGGCUCCUCCCCCUCCUAAGGUCAGAUCCGACCCUAGUCUCUUUGUUAUCAAGACUGAUAAUUAAGAAUAUGUCCCGGAUCUUCAGGCCUUAAAGGUUUUAUGGAAUCGUCCCCAAGACGCCCUCAAAAGGAAAUGGUACGGAAGUACUUAUUCCACUAAAGAACAAAAGGAGUUUGGUCGACUAUGGAUAGCCGACAUGAAAAGACUCCGAUGCGAUUUGGAAUUCUUCUUCUGGUUCGAAAAGACUGGAAGAAUAGAAAACCAAACUGAAUCCCUCAACGUUAUCGUUACAAAAUGGUACACCCAAAGGAACACAGUGGUAGAAUCCACAACACCUCCUCUUGAAGGACUUAACAUUUCCUACGCUAACGAAGUCAUAAAGGCCUCUCCCUUUAAGACUAAAUCUGAGCGAGGCGCAAUGACGCCUCAAUGUAAAGAUAUUGAUAGGAUAAUUGAGCAAAACAAUUAUACCAAUCAAGCUCUUCACACUAUAUCCCAGCAGAUUGAGGACUCUAGGAGUACCCCUCUCUCAGUACCCUUACCUACUAAGAGCACUACGAGCUCUCAGCCUCUUACAAAUCCUAUCUUUAAACUCCCAGAGUUUCACAAAGAUAAGUUCCCAGAUUUGAACGAUGAUUUCAAAAUAUCCGAACAAAUUUUGGAGAAAAUCAAUUCCAAACUCACCAAAUUUAAGAUCUCAGAAGCCUCUACCUCUAAAGACUCUUCUGAUCCUAAGAAUACGAAUUCUCUCGCCAAAUUAUCUAGUGAACGAUUUUCCACUAAAAAAAAUUAUUAUCGAAAACCCUCUCCCCCGGACGUCCAGUUCGAAGAAAAUCCUUUCCUAUCUACAUCUAGUCAUGAUGGGCGAGGAAUAACUGAAUGGAAUAUUGAUGGUCUGGCAGAACACCAGAUCUACAAUAAGCUCCAUGAAAUUGCGGUAGCUAUUACUGCCUACAAAAUCAAAGGUUCCUCCGACAAAGGUGCCGCCACCAUGAUUGUCUCGGGUUUCACCGGUAUGAUUAAACACUGGUGGGAUAAUUACGUCUCUGAGGCAGAAAAGAACCUCAUCUACAACGCCACCGUUCUUGAACAGGUGACCCGUACUGUCGAUGGUCGUGAAACCGUGGUUCAAGAAGCACAAGAAGACGCUUGUGCAACCCUUGUCUACCAUAUAGCGAGACACUUUGUAGGAGAACCAAAACUCUUCCAGGAUAGGAGCUUAGAAAUCCUCAAUAACCUCAGAUGCAAAAACCUAGCAGAUUUUCGGUGGUAUAAAGACACCUUUCUUGUCAAAGUUAUGGUCAGACCUGACUGCAAUAACGACUUCUGGAAAGAACGAUUUAUCAGCGGUCUUCCUCCUCUAUUUGCCGAUAAGGUCCGAACCAAACUAAAGGAUAGAUUUGAAGGCCAAAUUCCUUACAACGUCCUUACCUAUGGAGACUUAGUCAGCUUCAUCACCACCACGGGUAUAGAACUUUGCACCGACCUCAAGCUUAAGCAGCAACUUAAGCAAAACAGUAAAUAUGGUCUGACAACCUUCUGUCACGACUACGGAUUUACUGAUCUUCAUGACGGCAAGAGACAUAAAAAGAUGUCUUCUAAGCGUCACAAGAAAUCGUAUCCCAAGAAAAGGACUUCCUAUAGGGAAUCAAAUUCUUAUAAAGAGUCUUAUAAACCCCGCCGAAAAACUCGACGCAAGACAGCCGCAAAAUCCAAAGAUACUUGCUGGACUUGUGGCAAAACCGGUCAUAGAGCCAAAGAUUGUACCUCUGGUAAAAAGAAAAGGAUUAAUUCCCUUGAUUUACCAGAAGAAACCAAAGAAAAACUCUUCUCCAUUAUGGAAGAACUCUCUGAAGCCUCGGACUCUUAUUCAUCUUCUGAGAAUGAAUAUAGCGACGAAGAUUACAUCAAUGCCGCCUAUGAGUCUGAUAGCUCCCAAUCUGGACAAGAUUGCGAUUGCAAUGGUACUUUCUGUACAUGCUCCAGAAAAAUCAUCAAUGUCAUCUCAGACAAUCCUAAAGAAGUACUGUUUGACAUUAUCGAACAUAUUCAUGAUGAAGAGCUUAGAAAUAAGUAUCUUCAAGAGCUCAAACGACUUAUGCUUUCUCGUGAAGAAAACACAUCUCAACCAAAACCGAUUAUUCAGCCUUUUUCUAUGACCCGAGUCAUGGCCAAAUUCAACGCUCCUUCAGAACCUUCAGUAGCUGAUCUAAAGGUCGCUCUCUUUGACACCGGCGCCGACAGUAACUGUAUUGUCAAAGGCCUCGUACCCACUCGGUAUCUCCAAAAGAGUACCUCCCGCCUCUAUUCUGCCACUGGUGAGAAAAUGCGUAUUAAUUAUCAGCUUCGAAAAGCUCAUGUCUGCAAUAAUGGCGUUUGCCUUAUUAAUGACUUUGUUAUUACAGAAGAUAUCACCGAAGAUAUCAUUCUAGGAAUCCCCUUCAUCAAUCAGAUUCGACCCUAUCAAAGUAACUACGAUGGUAUUCAUACCACUCUAUUGGAUACUGAAUUGUUCUUUCCUCUGCUUCGCCCGCUCUCUUCCAACGAGCAACAGCGUAUCAAAGACGAAACUAUUUUCAAAAUUAAUCGUCUUUCUUCCCAUCUUCACUUUUUACAGAAUGAUGUUCAGCUCAAACGCAUUGAGCACACCUUACAAACCCCGGAGAUGCUAAGUAAGAUCUCUUCCCUUCAAACAAAAUUCGAAAACGAGAUUUGCUCCGAAUUGCCGAACGCUUUUUGGGAACGCAAGAAACAUCUCGUCGAGCUUCCCUAUAUCACUGGCUUCGAUGAACGAAACAUCCCCACCAAAGCCAGACCCAUCCAAAUGAAUCACGAAAUGAUGGAGAUCU